UGAAGACACAGUCCAUGAGUUUCAUUCGUCAAGGACAUAGAGCUCUUCACGAAUUGGUUGAAAUGUUUGGCACCUUCAGCACCUCUAACAAGGGCGUAGAUGAACUAGAUACCAUGCCGACCAUAACAGCUCUUCGAAAUGGAGAGGAAACGUUUGAUGGAAGUGACCACGCUCUUAAAGGACAACCAGGAAUCACUAGGUAUACAUCUGAAGUAUGACAAAGACAAAGUCAAUCUCGACUGGGUCCACAUCAACACAGAAGGAGACCUGGUCAACAGGGAGUCGGACGUUGACACCAGACCUGCAGGGGAGGGGAGACUGAAGAUGUACUGGGGCACAUGUAGCACUGCCCCCCUCCCCCGAGCUGGCUGUCCCCAGUACUGGGAGAUGGUGUCUAGGGACAGUCAUGUCAAACCACUCACAGGGAACGGCCUCAUCCUGGAGGUGGGUGUAUGCAGGGAGGAGCAGAGGGACGUGUCUCAUUGUAUCAGUGGACAACCCAGCUCCUACAGCCUGGAUGUCGUCCACUGUCCUACACACGGCGUGAUAUGCAUGGAGACAUGGAAGGAGGGGAAGCAUGUGUUGUGUCUGCCUGACACUCUCCCCAACAAAGCAAGGGCAUCACACACACUACAUUACGGUCUUGUCUAUGAUGACACCAGGAAGAAGAUUGCCUUCAUUGAUGUGAAGGAGAACAAAGUGAUAUCGACGUUAGACAAUGUAGACUCCAGUCAGCCACUGUGGCCGAUGUUCGGGGUGUAUAACCCAUAUCUCCUCACUGUCAGCAUGACACUUGUAGUGGGCAGCGACAUCAACAUGACAGAGGAGAAGAAAGCAAUGAUUGUCAAGGCGCUGUCGUGAUGAUGACAACGAUUGUCAAGGCGUUGUCGUGAUGGUGACAAUGAUUGUCAAGGUACUGUCGUGAUGGUGACAAUGAUUGUCAAGGCGUUGUCGUGAUGGUGACUCUGAUUGUCAAGGCGUUGUCGUGAUGGGGACAAUGAUUGUCAAGGCGUUGUCGUGAUGGUGACACUGAUUGUCAAGGCGUUGUCGUGAUGGGGACAACGAAUGUCAAGGCGUUGUCGUGAUCGGGACACUGAUUGUCAAGGCCCUGUCGUGAUGGUGACAAUGGUUGUCAAGGCGCUGUCGUGAUGAUGACAAUGAUUGUCAAGGCGCUGUGGUGAUGGUGACAAUGAUUGUCAAGGCGCUGUCGUGAUGGUGACAAUGAUUGU